AUGAACGGCACCACCGGUGCGCCUCCAGCAUGGUCUGGCGCCGAGCAGUUCGACAUGGCCGGCUCCGAGCACGACUUCAGCAAUCUUCUAGACUUCGACCUGGACUUUUCCGAGUUCGCUAACGGCUCCUCGGCCGGCCACGGCGGGCAGCAGCUCGAACAGCUGGCCGACGAGCUCGACGUCCAGCACCUGCACAACCCCUUCAGUCCGCAGCUUUCCCACCAGCAGCAUCGCAAUGGCGCCCGCACGCCCGGCGCACCGCAGCCGCAGAGGCACAUGGACGCCCACAAUGGCGGGCACCCCCACAGCAUGCCCACCCAGAGCGGCUUCUUCCAGUUCAGCAUGCCCUUCCAGCAACACGGCGUGCCUGCCUUCACCCAGGCGCCAGACGUGUACCAGCCGCACGCGCCGGUGCCGCCCACGCCAAACAGCAUGGAGUUGCACGGCGACCCGGCGCGCUACCUGCAGCAGUUGGAUGCGCAACACGCCAUGUUCGACCAGCGAUUCCAGAUGCGCAAGGACGAGUCCUUCACCCCACUGGUCUCGCCCGCUGUGACGCCCCAUGAGCCCCGCUUCCAAGUGCACGACAUGACGACGGUGCCGGGCGCAUACUUCAGCCCACUGACUUCGCCCGCUCUGAAUGCGCAAAAUUACCCCCAUGCACAGACCCACUCCAGUCAAUAUGGCACUACCUCUGGGAGUUCUACAGGCGCUUCGCCGGUGGACGUGGAUAUGGAUAUGUUGGAAGAGCCUGCCAUCUCCCAGACAAGCCAGAGCCGGAAACUUAGGAGCGCAGCUAAGAGAAGCGCCCCUACGCGGUUUUCGGCUGCGCCCGCACGUGUACGACAGUCACCUAUCGUCAAACCUGCCAGGCGGAAAGCUACCGUGUCUUCUCUCAUCCCUCCCAAGGAAGUGACGGACCUGUUAGAGGAAGAACGCGCAAUUCGUCCCUCAUCCAGUGGAGUGGACCUACGCCGCAGCCGCGAGAGCUCAGAGUCUGACUCCAUCUCUCCGGGACCCCUAUCUGAGAUGGGACCUCCACCUAAGCCGAAUUCAGUGCACCCGUCUCCUGCAAUGAACGCGCAAACCACGGAACUAGGCGUUGCCCCGGCCACCCCAGCCUCUCUGAUGCGCAUCCACCCCUCGCCUACUUUUGGUGAUGUAGAUGCGCCACCAGCACUGGACGAUCUGACAUUACCGGAAGCCUCAUUAGAUAAACCUCCGCUCUCACGGCUGGACACUGCAGUCCGAGACGAUGACCAAGAUACGCCGAGAAUAACUGCACGAAAAACACCCAAGCUUGGGCCGCUCUCAACCCCUUCUGGGGCAUCUGCGCAGUCAGGGAAGCCUAGCCCUAGUCCCAUGCUCAGUGCUAUUUCCUCGCCCACAAGUCCAGCAUUCUUUCCAGGGACCAAUAGAAAGGUUGAUUCAAAGUCUGCUCGUUCGUCUAAGAAACGAAAUAGCGUCACUACAACUCUGGUCAGCCCUGCUCUACGACCUAAGAUCUCCCCUAGCAUCAAACCGCUGCUUCCCGAUGGCUCUGUCUCCGACGACACUCAUGCACUUCUUCUGGCCUCCAAGUCGAACUAUCAGAAUAUUCUUGACGGCACCGUGGUACCUGGAGUUUCCUACCCAACAUCACUGUCCACAAAUUUGACAUCAAAACGUACCUCACAUAAGAUCGCCGAGCAAGGCCGCCGGAAUCGCAUUAACACGGCACUGCAAGAGAUGCAAGCCCUCCUACCAUCUCCGCACCUCGGUGCCAAAGAAAGCAAAAGCCCAGAGAGCAUGACUGCUGCGCAGUCAAACAAUUCGAAAGCGGCAAAGGUCGAAUCCGCCAUUGAUUACAUCAAAGCUCUCCAGAAACAGUGCUCAGAAAAAGACAGGCAGCUGGAUCAGAAAGACCAAGAACUGGAAGCUCUACGCAGAGAGCUAGCCACCUUCAAACGCUCGAGCUCAACCGAAGCCGUAUCGAGCGCGGAUACAGCAUUGCAGUCAACCGAGGAUGCUACCUGA